AUGAUCAUUAAAAUUUUACAAAAACACAAACCAACUAAGAGAGAAAUGCAAUUUGUCGUUUAAGCUUUGAUAUCUUAACCUAUUUUUGAAUAAAACUCAAACAUGCUUCUAGAUAUUAUAAAUAACAUGAGUGUUUUUAAAGAAUUUAAGGUUGAGACCUUUAACCCUCUUCAGGCCAUAUUCUAAAAAGGGGAUGUAGGAAAGAAAUUUUAUAUUGUCAUUAAAGAACAAUAAAUAAGGCACAAAAAUAGUAGUGAAUGCACUCCUUAUAACUAAAAAAAAACUGAUGAUCUUAAUUAAUAAUAAUAAUAAUAAUAAUCUAUUUAUCAAGUUAAUCAAAAAGACAGUAUAACAUACAAUGAAUACAUUUACCUAAAAAAUAAAUAUCCUCUCUAAAAAGUAACUAAAAUUUACAAAUCAGGAGAAUCUUUUGGAGAAAUAGCGCUAUUAACAAGAGGACAGAGAAUGGGAACAAUGGUUUGUAGAACAGAUGUAGAAGUUAUAAGUUUGACGAGAGAAGGAUUUAAUAGAAUUAAAGGUGCAUGGGCUGAAACAGAGUUAAAUAAAAAGCUAAACUUUUUAAGAAAAUUUUCAUUUUUUAGGGGUUUAAGCGACUCAAGGUUAAUGUCGUUUCUCCAUCUAAUGGAAAUAAACAAAUAUGAAAAAGAAAAUAUACUAUACUAAAAGAAUGAAAAAUCAAAAUACAUAUACUUUAUUUUUGAGGGUUAAGUUAAAAUAUUUACUUAUAAAGUGGAUAACUAUCCUUUACUCUACAAAAAUCAAACUCGUUAAAUUGAAAAUCCAGAAAUACAAAAGUAUUUGAAACAUACAAAGCCUAAGCUUAAGAAAGUUCCUCUUAUGAUUUUAGCAAGCUGCAGUUACUUUGGACAGUUUGAAAUGUUUGAAGAAAAUGAGGAGAUAAAAACUAUGGCUGUUGUGGAAUCAGAACGAGCUGUCCUUUUUUAAAUAGAAAUCACAAAAUUUAUAGAAACGAUGAAAGGUUUUAAUGGUGAUUAUGAUUUCAAACGAGAUUUUAAGUAAAAGCUUUUGUUUGAAAAAGAGAGAUUAGAAAAUAUUACGAAUACAGACACUUAAAUUAAUUAAAAUGUAAUAAAUAUUUAAAAUUAGCAUAAAAAUCAAGAUUUUAAAAAGCAAAUAUUCAUUGAUACUAAUAUUCAAUCUGUAUCAAAUUAAUUUGAUAAUAAGAGUUGCGGGAGAUUAGAAAGUAACAAUAGCAGCAUAUGUAUAGAAAACCAUUAAUUAAAUGAUAGUCAUGAACUUAAGUAAUUCAGUGGCUUAUAAAAUGUCUUUAAAGAGAAAAAAAGACAUAAAAAGUAAAAUAACUCUCUUAAGUUAUAAAAAGAUUUAAGUGAAGACUCAUCUUAAAAAUACUUUCAUUCUGCUACGUCAUCUCCUUAAUUAGAACCACUUCCAGAAGCCUAACCUAAAUCUAAUAGAAAAUUAAGUAGUUAAGAGAACAGUAGAUUCUUUUAAACUAGCUAACUAGAGGUAGAUUUUAUUAAUGAAUCUAGUUAAGAUGAAGGAAGCAGCUAUCUGCCUUAAAUACGUCAGAAAAUGAAAAGUCAACAAGGAGAAAUUUUUAGAACUAGAUAAAAUUCUGAAGUGAACUUGUAUGAAAACAUAAAUAGGAAAAGAAAUAAAUCUACAUCUAAUGACUAGCUAGAUAAAAUUAACUAAAUAUUUGACUAGAAUUAAAAAUAAAUUAGUUGUCAAAAAUUUUAACCAUUAGAAGAGAAUAAAUUUAGUAUGACAAAUAGAGAAUAUUCAGAUCACUCUCCAUUGUCUUCAAACUCUAAAAUAAUAAAAUUUGGAUCGCACGAUAAUUCCUAAUUAGAAACUCUGACUUAACAUUCUAGAUAAUAAAGCUACAUAACAGAAAAUUCCAAAAGAAAUUCGAUUUAUAAAAUAAAUUAAAAUACCCCUUAAUCUAAUAAAAGCGGUUAAUUUGAAAAAGAUUACUUUAAAUCUUUCUUCAAAACUUAAAUUGAGCAAAUUUCUUAAGAAAAAGAAUAAAAUCUCAAAAUUUUAAAUUAUAAAGAGCUUAAUUUGAAAUCAAUUGGAAUAAGUCCAUCUGAUCUAAUAGAGUAAUGCAGAAAACUCUAAAGGUUUGGGUUUGAAAAGGGGCAAAUGUCAGGUUAAAUGAAAAAGACAGUUUUAGCUUUUACUAAUAGAGGUUUAUUUUCAUAACUUUAGGACCAAUAAAUUAGCAAAAUCUAAAAAGAAAACUCAGAUUAAACCAAGAAAAAAGCAGUAUUCAAAUAAAACUUUGGAGAUCAAUUGAAUGUAUCUAACGAAAAAAAUACAGACCAAAUUAAUGAACUAAGCUUCAAAAAUACUAAAAUAAAAGAUCUAUUACAAAAUGUCUAGAGAAAAAUAAAAGAAGAAAAAAAUUAGUAGUAAAUUUUUUAAAUUGACGAAACAUAGACUUAAAGCCAAGCACUCCAUAAAGAUUUAUGCUAAAGUGUUGAUAAAGAAAAAUGCAUGGAAUCCCAAGAUCAAGCAAAAAAUAUAUUAAAAAGUACUUAAUUGAAUAGAUAAUAGAGAGAGUAGUUAGAAUAAUAGAUCAGAAAAUUUCAGUAACUGUAAAGCUUUAAGAAUAUUUUUUCUUUAGAUGAAAGAAAUUAGAUAGAUAACAUAGAUGUCAAAAUUAAAUCUGCUAGAAUUUUUCCUAUGAGAGAAAAUUUGCAACUAUAAACAUAAAAUCACUAAACCUAAAAAGACCUAUUUCAAAUUAAAAAAUUUUCACUGUAGUCUUUUGCAUAAAAUAAUAAUAAUAAAUGUAUAUAGCAUGGUGGUUAAACACUAACGGAGAGGAGUUAUUCAAAUAAAGAAUCUCUAUACUUCCCAAGUUCACCUUAGCAAGAAUAUAAAUAAGUUUCAGAAAAGAAAUAAAAAGUUGAAUCAAACAAUUCUAAUGCUUUUGUUGCAAUUGCAAGUGUUCGUCCUUAUUAUACAAAUCAUCCUGGAGUACCUAAAAAUACUUACAUAGAUACACAAGAGUAAAUAAAGUAAUAUGAUAAACUGAAGGAUUACUUCUUAAUAGAGAAAAACUAUGAAACACUUAUUACUUAAAAUUAAAAUGUGCCCUAAGAUAAAAAACAAAAAGAAAUUAUUUAAAAUUUGAUGCUUUCACCUAGAAUGAAUCAUUUGCAUGCUAAAAAUUUCGAUGUAUUAAAAAAUAUGCAUGUGAAUAGAUAAAAACUUAAUAACCAUAAAAGAAAUAAAAGCUUAAAUUGA